CUACGGUCUGUGAAAGGACUACAAAUAAAAGAAACUACAAAACUACAAAACCAACUGCCGCUUCCAUCCGGGUCACCGGACCACGUGACAACAACACGGAAGCUGGCAGACAGGCGGCAGAGCUGCAGAGAAACUGGGGAAAAACGUGUUUUUAUGGAGUUAUGAAGCUUUUUUCUGAUGUUUUAACGUUUCUAAGGAGCUUCUGAAUAUAAAGAGCUGCUUCUGCUUCAUCUGAGGCGUGAGUGCAGCUGGACAUGGAGAAGGUUUUCCGCUGUCCGUCCCGUCACGGCUACGCUGUGGAGGCGUCUCCCUUCCUCCCCAACAGACUGGCCUGCGCCUCCUCCCAGUACUACGGCAUCGCUGGUUGUGGGACGCUGCUGGUCCUGGAUCAGACAGAGACAGGAGUCGUUCUCGUUAGAAGCUGGCAGUGGGGGGACGGCCUGUUCGACGUGUCCUGGAGUGAAGCUAAUGAACACCUGGUGGUUUCUGGGGGAGGAGACGGCAGCCUGCAGCUCUGGGACACAACCAAUCAGAACGCUCCGCUGAGAGUAGCCAGAGAACACACACAGGAGGUGUACUCUGUGGACUGGAGUCAGACUAGAGGAGAGAAUCUGGUCGUCUCUGGUUCGUGGGAUCAAACAGCUAAAGUGUGGGACGGCAGCCUGGGCUGCUGUCUGGCCACGCUGAGGGGUCAUGAAGGGGUCAUCUACAGCACCGUGUGGUCGCCUCACAUCCCAGCAUGCUUUGCUUCAGCCUCAGGUGACGGGACGCUCAGAGUUUGGGAUGUGAAGAGUGCAGCGUGCCGGUUGGCCAUCCCAGCGCACAAGGCCGAGAUCCUCAGCUGUGAUUGGUGCAAAUACGAUCAGAAUAUUGUGGCCACAGGCUCAGUGGACUGCAGCGUGUGUGUGUGGGACCUGAGGAACGUCCGACAGCCUGUCAGUCAGCUCAGAGGGCACACCUACGCCAUCCGCAGGGUCAAGUUUUCUCCGUUCAGUAAGACAGUUUUGGCGUCCUGCUCGUACGACUUCACAGUGAGGUUCUGGGACUUCAGUAUGAACCAGCCUCUUCUGGAGACUGUGGAGCAUCACUCAGAGUUCGUCUGUGGACUCGACUUUAACCUGCACAUCCCCAACCAGGUGGUGGACUGUUCGUGGGAUGAGACGGUGAAGAUCUACACACCAGCCUGUCUGUCUGCACCAACACACAGCUGAGUUUAACAACUCAUUCCUGUCAUGGGAAACAAUGCUUUCAUUUUUACUUUUAACCUAAAACCAGAUGUUAACCCUUAAAUAAACACUUUACCUUGUCACUAAUACAAACAAACACACACAUAAUCAACAGCAGAUGUAUUUUAUUUAAUAUCCGUUCUGAAAGGAUCCAAAAUGUUUGAUUCCGUCUGGAUGAACCGGUUGAGUUGUAAAUGUGAUGUAAAUGAUGCUGUUUUACAGAGAGUGAUCCAUAAUAUCCGUGUCAUUAUGUGCUGCUGCUGCUGGUUAUCUGUUGGCUGAUAUACUGUGAAAAUAAUGUCAGCUGUGACUAAUUCCACCAGUGAAAUGUCAUCAGUGGAGGAUCAUCUCUGUGUUCAGUGCCUUCAAUAAAGAUGCAAAUAUCACAUGAACAAGUU